UUUUUUACCUCUCUUCUUUGCCUUCCUCCUCCUCUUUUCUCAUCUCUCUGAUCCUCCUCGCCUUCCCCAAAUUCAUCAAAACCCUAAAAUCAUCAAUUCAACUAUUCCGAUUCAAAUUCCAUUCGAAUUCGCUCCGCCCUUUUCAGAUCUCACCCUCGCGCUUGCUUAACAGGGCUCUCUCUCGCUUCUGUCUUCGUUUCUCAGCUUGAGGGGUGAAAUUUUUGGCAAUUUUACGGGUAGUAGCUUAGAGGGUUUUCUUGUUUAAAGUUCGAGCUCUGGGUCUCAUGAGAAUUGUUAGGGGAAUGCAGAGAUUGUUUCGCGAGGAGCAGAACGUGCUGGGCUGGAAGAAAUCCUUCAGCCAAGGGAUUGGCGUCACUGCUCCCAAGGCCAGAACGCGUGACAAACACAACUCUAAGUUUGGGGUUUUGUGAAGGAUAUUAGGCUAGUGUGUUUGUUGAAGACUAACAGCAACGAAUGCAAUGACUAGGAUUCUGGUUCAGCGAGGUUCCUCAAGUGGUUCUUCUUCCAACCCAAGCCGCUCUUCUUCCUUGUCUGGCUCUUCCUCAGCUUGGUCACAGCCACAGAUUAAUACUCCUCAGGUCCUCUCGGCUGUGAAAGAUGAGGAGAUUGAAGAGGAGCCACAGGAACAUGUUAUUGUGGAUGAUCCCUCUGAGAAUUGUGGGAGUAGUGACAAUAAUGCCGUGAAAAAUGAUGAUGUUUUGAUGGAAAGCACUCAUAAUGAUCACACUCUAAGUUCAAGUGAUGAACUUACUGAAGUUGAGAGGGUUACUAAGAAUGAUAUUGCCGGACAAGGGGAGUUGAUGAAAGGUUUAGGCAGUUUGACAAUAUCUGAAAGGGUGAAAGUUGACAAUGUGGACUCUGGUGGGGAUACUUUACAAAAUGUGAUUGGGAGUUCACAGCCACCACCUCCUCCUGUUCCUCCCCCGAAAAUUUCUUCACCAAACUCAAAUUCAAGGAGAACUGUCACAGGAAGUUCAACUGCGGUCAGGAUUGGACCUUCAAGAAGAGCAGUUGCCUGGCCAGUUGUUUCAACUAGGACGUCACCAACUGGGUCACGGCCUUCUUCUCCCAGGUCUCAUGGUGAAGGCGAGGGGUACAAUAGUGCCGAUGAGCAAGGCCCUUGCUUUGUGUCCUCCUAUGACGAUAUGGAAAGGGAACGGCAAUUUGAAAUUGAUAUUAGACGUGCAAAAGGGUUUGAAGUGAAAAGAAUGCUGGAGGAUGGCAAUUGUCUGUUUCGUGCUGUUGCAGACCAGGUUUAUGGGGAUUCUGAAGCGUACGACUUGACCAGACAAAUGUGCAUAGAUUAUAUGGAGCGAGAGAGGGAUCAUUUUUCUCAAUUUAUUACAGAAGGAUUUACUUCUUAUUGCAAGAGGAAAAGAAGAGACAAGGUCUACGGAAAUAAUGUGGAGAUCCAGGCCUUAUCUGAAAUGUAUAAUCGGCCCAUCCAUAUUUAUUCCUAUAGCAUUGAACCUAUCAAUAUCUUCCAUGGAAGUUAUAAUACUGACACACCACCUGUACGGUUAAGUUACCACCAUGGAAAUCAUUACAACUCUCUUGUUGAUCCUCGCCGCUUGACCAUUGGUGCAGGACUUGGGUUCAGCAGUCUUCGCGGGACGAAUGCUGACAAGGAUCAGGUCAAGGCUGCCAUUAAGGCUCAACAAGACCAACAAAUCGAUAAUGCACUUUUAGCUGAGGGGCGAUUUUACUCGGAUCUUGAGCUUACUGAGAAAGAAAUGGAACGCAUGGUGAUGGAAGCUUCUAGGGCUGAGUAUCUUGCAGAUGGCACAUUCAAGCAACAACUUGGCCGCAGAGAAUCUUCUACUUCAAGCUGUGAGCCUUCAUCUUCUGGAGCUAGAUCAUCAGGCAGUGAGACUAAGCCAGGGGGUAGAGACCAGGGUGGCCAGGAUUCCACCUUAAGCAGUAGUAUGCAAAUUGUUCUGUCGAUGGGAUUCAGCUAUCUGCAGGCCAUCGAAGCUUACAGCAUAUUUGGAGAUGACGUAGAUUCCAUGGUUUGUUACUUGUUGGAAACUAGCAGCAGUAGCAGGCGCAAAGGCAAGGCAACAGAAUAAUGACCAAAUUGAAACCAUAAAUGAAAAGGAGAAAGAAGGACCUGGGAAUGCACGUGAGAUUGUGUUGGCUUCUUUGUGCUGGAACUAUAGGAAAUGAUUCAAUUGAUGAAGCCUGUGAAUCUUAAAUAUGUUAUCCAAGUUCAGUCAAUAAAAUGGAUUGACUAGCCUGUUUACUGAC